GCACUAGCAGAAGACAAAAUGGCGGAUGUUGACACGGAAAAGUUUGCUUCUGUGCAAUUCGGACGACUUUCUACCUGUUCAGAAACUCUCUGACGACUUAACUGAAUUGUGCUCGACUUGGAAUAGUAUUUGCCAUUUUCGGGAAUAUUUCAAACUGUUUGUAGGCGUUAUUUUGCGGCAAUUUGGCAAUUGGAGGCGGGGUCAUAUGUUUGGAACUCGUGGCAACUUUCCUAACGUGACGUGGUCUUAAAAUAUUAUAUGAACGCAAGCAUAUGUGUCAAGACGUUUGAAAUUCUUGCGAACAGAACAGUUCUAAGACAUGGCAGAAGAAUUGUUGAGGAACGUACGAGAGAAGCUGGAAGGAGACUUGUUGGCUGCGGACCUGCAGUUGAGUCUGUUCGCGGCGGCGCUGCUGAGUUACCGACACGACACGGUACUCAGGCCCUUCCCGCCUGGGUUCGCACGGCAGAACGACGAGAAGGAUUUUCCCGCUUUGAAAUCUGUGUGGAGAAGACUACCUGGGGCCAAGGAUCUACUUCAGAGCAGUGGAGCGACCUCUGACCCACAGACCCUACAGCUGGUCAACUGGGUCCUGGAAACUAGGAACUUCUGCCUGCGAUCCUGUGAGUCAACCGAGUACAAAGAGGUGCAGAGGUUAACAGGUUACUCCAGCACCAACAUUCCGCCCCCCUCCCACAUCUUCGAGGUGGUCCACAGUGAGACCACAGAUGCGAGGUUUGAGGAGACACGGCAGGACCGGAGUCUGCUGUACGCCUUCCACGGCAGCAGGCUGGACAACUUCUACUCCAUACUGCACAAUGGGCUACAUGCACAUCUUAACAAGAAUUCCUUAUUUGGGGAAGGAACUUACCUGUCAGGUGACCUUGGGGUGUCAAUCAUCUACAGUCACAAAGGUCAGGGCUGGGACAGGAGCAUGCUGGGAGAAACCAUGAGCUGUGUGGCCGUGUGUGAGGUCAUCAUGGACCCCAAGUACGUCAAGAGCAAGGUGGAAGAAGAGAAUGGAAGAGCCAAGAACAAGGACAAACAGGAAGUACCAGAGAAGUACUACAUCGUGAGCAAUAACGAACUGUUGAGAGUCAAGUACGUGCUUGUGUAUGCUGAAAAGAAAGUGCAGCAAAGGGUCCAGACACCAUCCUUCUUCCAGCGCCACAAGUUCUUCGUCCUGAUGUCGUUAUACGUCGUUGUCCUAGCAGUGAUUGGGGCUGCCAAUUCUCCCAACCUGCAGUACUACCUCAGGAGGCUUUACAAAUGAUGUGACUAGGGAGAAUUUAGACUUUGUUUAUAACUUCCAUUGGUGACAUGUCGAAAACUGCUGAUUGAAGUAUUCCACUGAUUGUGUGCAUAUAUCACUGUUG